ACCUCCCUCAGUUUUCCUCUUGUGUCACUCACCUCCAGGCUCCUGCUCAAUAGAACCUAGACAUUCUCCUGCCCAACUCUCCCUCCCACUCUCCCCCCAUUGGGGACCCCCACUGCCUGGACAGAGGGCCUUGGGUCUGGACGUGGGUGAGUUCAGUGUCUCAGCGUCAGUGUGGCUCUGUCCUUUAGCAGGUAGGCCCUUUGCUUUCCUCCUCUUCAGUCCUUUCCAUUUGAUCCAAUCUGUUGAGUUCCGUUCCGUUCCCUUCCUUUGUCUGAUCAAGUCCUUCAUCCUUCAUCCAGUCCAUCUCUGCUCCUGCUCCCCUGAGCGCCUGCCCAGCUCCCUUUCACUGGCUGGCCUCUGCCCCACCCUACCCGUGUGCUUGUCCAGUGGGUCUGGGGUCCACACUGCAAGCCUGAGGAACGCUCCCCCACCACCGGGCCAGCUCAGCCCAGGCUCACAGCUCUCCAGAGCCUUCUGUGUGUUUCUCAAUGUCUAAUUCUAAAUGAAAAUUAUUUUCAAGUUUGGAUUUCUAAAGGGAACGUGGAAAACUAACCAAGAGGUCUGCGCUGGUUGGGAACUGCCGGUGCAGUCUCCAUUUUCAUAGAGGAAAUGGGCCCCAAGACACGCCUCACCUGCGCCUUGAAUGAGAGUGCUACGGAGAUCACUGGCCACCGCUGGGUGAAGGCCGGCCAGGUUGUAAAGGAGGACUCAAACCCCGGCCUGAAGAUGGAGUACUAUGUGGACCCCGAUGACCGCUCAGGAGAGUACUCAUGUGUCUUCCUCCCUGAGCCUGCAGGCAGGGCCAACAUUCCACUGAGAGGGCCCCCCAAUGUUAAAGCGGUGAAGAAGUCAGAGCAUGCCAAUGAGGGGGAGACAGUCACACUGGUCUGCAAGUCAGACUCCUUCCCUGCGGUCACUGACUGGGUCUGGCACAAGACAACUGGCUCUGAAGACCAGGUCAUCGUGAAUGGCUCCCAGAGCAGGUUCUUUGUGAGCUCCCUUGAGGCCAAGACAGAGUUGCGCAUCAUCAACCUGGACAUGAACUCCGACCCUGGCAAGUAUGUGUGCAACGGCAGCAGCUCUGCAGGCUCCGACCACGCUGAGAUCACACUGCGUGUCCGCAGCCGCCUUGCUGCCCUCUGGCCCUUCCUGGGCAUUGUGGCAGAGGUGCUGGUGCUGGUUACCAUCAUCUUCAUCUAUGAGAAACGCCGGAAGCCUGAGGAGAUUCUGGACGAUGACGACGCAGGCUCUGCACCCCUGAAGAGCAGUGGGCAGCACGUGAACGAUAAGGACAAGAACAUCCGCCAGAGGAACUCCACCUGAAUGAGGUUCAGGGCACUGCCCCUGUUCCUUCUGCCGGCUGCCCCUAGAAGCCACAACCCUACACUGACCUUCAAUCCCAUCUUCUGAGCACCCUUCCCCAGACCCCAGGUCAUCCUAUCUGCAGUUUUGCCUCUUUUGCCGGAAGUUCAUUCCCAGUGUUUGCAAAGUUCCCAGUUUUCUUACCUCUUAAAGAAAAUCCUGAAAGCAAGCCAAUUGUAAAUUCAAAUCAUAUACUAUUUUUUCUUUCUUUUUUUUUUUUUUUAAACUAAACUAGGAUUUUCUGCAUAUAGAAUUCUAUUCCUUAGGGUUUUGUUUUUCCUUUUUAAAUCUUUCGUGAGAGCCCCAGGGAGUUGCUGUGGUCUUCUAAGCCUUUUGGCCAUCCUUUAGCCACAAGGUCUGAGUCACAGUGGGGGUGGGGGUAUCUCUCUCCAUUGGCCCAAGUCAGUGCCAAGUCCUCUGCUCUUUGUGGAAGGUCACAGGUCAUGUGAGAUGUCCCUGUCCUACCUGUCUGAAGCUGAUGCUGUCUGGUUGUACCCUGCUCUUUUAUUUUCUGAAGGCCACAGGUCUAUAUUUGACUCAAGAGAGGCUCAGGGGUGGCUCUGACUUAUGGCUGCAGAGAACUCACUUGCCUGCACUCAGGGUAACCCCUUCACAGCUCCCAAGUGACCCCCUCCAAGUCCCCUUCCAUGCCUGUGUGUCCAGUGUCAGAGCUGUCUGGGCAACUUAAGGGAGGUUUGCCAGGAACCCAGUGCUCCAGCCAGGGCUCCAAAACUGCAGAAGCUACUCCCCAGCUCAGCCCACAGCAGGUAUCUCCCUCUCCACAGCAUCAGGGCUCAGUGAGAACCCCUUUCUUCUGCCUACCCCAUCAAUAAUAAAGACUGACCCACUUUGUCCUCUC